UUUACAAUAUGUCACAUUUGUUUCCGCAAUGGUCCAACCUUCUUACGAAGUAUGAUGUCUAUCAAAUUACUAUAUGUGUACUCUACCAUUGCAAAAUUUAUUGUUACACAGCGGGAUAAAAUAUAAAGCGGACAUCUCUCUUCAGAAUUGCAUGUCUUUAGUGAGAGCUAUUAACGAGUUUAAAAUCGUUGUUUAAGAAGGAGAUCAAAUUUAUCCAAGAUUAGAAAACCAUCAAUCCGUUUGGGCAUAUAAGGCCAUCACACAGAGGGUAAUCGAUCAUCAUUAUGUCAUCGUGUGCCAUUUUGACAUCAAACUUCGUCUGAAUAACAUCACACACAGAUGUUUCUGCCAGUGCCGUCAGUGAAAAUGAUUAUACAUACUUGUCUACAAACCCUGUGUCCUUUGCUGUUUUUUGGAGUGAUCGUAACGUAUUAUCCAACGGUCGGGAACCACCAGGGCUGGCUUACCCAAGCGGCAUGCCCAUGUAAACCAACGGGUCCUUUAGCAAGAACUAUUUUAAAACUUUACAAAGGGCUGUUCGUUCAGCCGCAGGAAGUGACAGAUUUACCCGUUAUUAAGCCUGUGGGUGGACGAGAUGAAAGUGGUCAUGAAGGAAAUCUGACUUCGUAUGUGGGGAAUUUAGUGACAUCUCUUAAUAAACAACCGUCUUGUUGCAACACGGAAUAUGCCUUUGAGAUAUAUAACAAAACCAAUUACAAUCACAGGAACCUAACUGUGGUUCAUUUUCAAAAUGCUUAUCAGUUUGUUCCCACUGGAGUCUGUCCAAAAAACACAAAGUGUGGAAUCGGAAAAUGCAUUCAAAGAUAUCGACAUCACUGGCUCCUCGUAUGGGACGAAAGCUUGCAACAUUACCCACCUGUCACGUUUCUUCCAGUUGAAAUCCCAUCUCAUUGUGAAUGUGUCAAUAUAGGAACUCGCAGAUAGAACUUCCAAUUGUUUCACUUGUAACAGAGCUGAUGUUAUAACGUUUUUGUUGUAAAAAAGACGCUAAGCGAACAUACUAUAUUUACUUUCCCUUAAUUUGUUGGAUUGUUUAUUUAUGAGACUUAUAUAACAUAUGAUUGCAAUAUGCUGUUGAUGAUGCCAAAUACCGUUGCAGGUAUA